AAAUCACAUUGCUUGAACAGUUGAACACGUACACACACAUUUCUUGAACAGUUAAAUACUUAUAAAUCCUUCACUUUUGCGUGCACUAACCUACCAAAACAAAAAUUAAGCAUAGCCCAAGUAGAAUGAACCUUCCUCCCCUCUCACUUUCCUGGAAUUAAUACGCCCAUUGUGCACAUGGGGGUCACCUCACAUAUAUCGAUUGCAACAAAACACACGAGACUAAUUCCGACCUUGACCAAACCAAACCCUACCAAAUUAUAGUACAAUUAGAACAAAAACAAACCAAACAUAUUUACUUAGCCGGCUAUACGCGGCUACGUUGGCUGACUUGGUAGUCAGUCUUCUUUGGACUCGUCAAGCUAUAAACACAAGCUGAUUCAUUGCCUUUGCCUCUUCAAAUUUCUUUUACCUCGCCCAAGAACCAUAGCUGCAAUGGCCACCACCACCUCCCCUCUCGUUGUCGUCCUCCUCGCCGUCGUCGCGGCGAUCGCCGUCUCGCUGGUGCAACCGGCGUUCGCCUUGCCGGCCGGUCUCCCGGACAUCAAGUCUCUCACUAAUCCAUGGUCGGCGUUCAAGAACCUCUCCGGGUGCCACUUCGGCGACGAGAGGCAAGGCCUUGGCAAGCUCAAGGACUACCUAUGGCACUUCGGCUACCUCUCCUAUCCGUCGUCGUCGUCGUUGUCGCCGUCGUUCAAUGAUCUGUUCGACGCCGACAUGGAGCUGGCAAUCAAGAUGUACCAGGGGAACUUCGGCCUCGACGUCACCGGCGACCUCGACGCGGCGACCGUGUCCCAGAUGAUGGCGCCGCGGUGCGGCGUCGCCGACGUCGUGAACGGCACGUCCACCAUGGGCGGCGGCGGCGGCGUCCGCGGCCGCGGGCUGUACUCCUACUUCCCCGGCUCGCCGCGGUGGCCGCGGUCAAGGACGACGCUGAGGUACGCGAUCACGGCGACGUCGCAGACGUCCAUCGACCGGGCGACGCUGAGCAAGGUGUUCGCGAGCGCGUUCGCGCGGUGGUCGGCGGCGACGACGCUCAACUUCACGGAGGCCGCGUCGGCGGCCGACGCCGACAUCACCAUCGGGUUCUACGGCGGCGACCACGGCGACGGCGAGGCGUUCGACGGGCCGCUCGGCACGCUGGCGCACGCGUUCUCGCCGACCAACGGGCGCCUCCACCUGGACGCCUCGGAGGCGUGGGUGGCCGGCGGCGACGUGACGCGGGCGUCGUCGAACGCCGCCGUCGACCUGGAGUCCGUGGCGGUGCACGAGAUCGGCCACAUCCUCGGCCUCGGCCACUCGUCGGCGGCGGACUCCAUCAUGUUCCCGACGCUCACGUCGCGCACCAAGAAGGUGAACCUCGCCACCGACGACGUCGCCGGCAUCCAGGGCCUGUACGGGAACAACCCCAACUUCAAGGGCGUCACGCCGCCGGCGACGAGCAGCCGGGAGAUGGACAGCGCCGGCGCCGGCGAGCUCUCCCGGCCGUGGCGACGCUUGCUCGACGGCGCCGCGGGCUUGCUCGUCGGGUUGUCGCUAGCGUGGUUGUAGGCAGCACCACAUUUCCAGUGACCAUUUCCAUCGCUUUGGUUUGGUUGGUCAUUUUGGUAGAGUUAUUUUUUGUGCUAUUUUUUUGGUUUGGAUUAAUUAGUUUUUCUUUGUUUUAUGAAUGGCUAAUUGAUUUAAUUGCUGUGUAUAGAUAAAAAUUAAAAACGAUUGCAACAUGCACAUGCAUGGAUUGAUUAAUUAAAGUAGCUUCGAAUCUUAGGAAAAGCUGUGCUUGUGAUGCCACAUAUGCGUAUAGUUUUUUUUAGGAGGGUGUUUGUUGAUAGAUUGAGAGAUAAGAUAAUUGGAAUGGAUCCACAUGAAACGACAUCCUAA